AUGGCGGCUUCCAUGGACAUGGAGUUUGUUAUGAAAACAAAGAUUGCUUUAGCACAUGUAAACGCAAACAGUCAUUCAUGUUACACAUAUUUAAGACCAAAGCAAGUUGAUUGUUUGAAGGCAUCCACUGAUAGUGAUUGUAUAGGCUUGUUGCCUACCGGUUAUGGAAAAUCACUGAUUUUUGAGUGCCUUCCCUACAUGUCAGCUUCACACAGUCCCAGGACAGUGAUCUUGAUCUCGCCAUUGAAUGCUAUUAUAGAAGAACAGUCUCGUAGACUCGGCGCAAGGUCAGUGCGGUUAAAUCCGGAGUUUGACUGUAGUUUGUCCAGUUUCAUUAGUUGUGAGUAUUUGUAUAUACUGUCUCACCCAGAACACAUAAUGACCAAUAAACUCUUCGCCGUAUUUCGUGGCGACAUUUGGCAACACAAGGUAUCUCAUAUUGUUGUUGACGAAGCACACUGUGUAGUACAAUGGGGAAGUGAUUUCCGUCCGGAAUAUCGAAAUCUGAAAGACCUAUGGCCACCGGUACGAAAAGAACACAGCAAGAAAUAUCAUCACAUCUUCUGCUUACCAAUCCUGUUAUUAUCGCUGCCAGCAUAG